GCCGAGAGAAACCAAAGAACAGAAAGGGACCGAGUUGGAGACUGAUGGGAUAUGAUGACCUUGUGCUGUUGACAGUUUCUCUCCUUCUCUCAAGGGAGUAGCAGCUCUUUAACUCCACAAUAGAGGCCCUGACCACACCACCAGGACCCCAGACAGCUCCAUAUACCAACAUGAACCAGACACCUCCCAUGUAUGAUGUGGUCAUGGAACACCCUGAAGACACGGGUAACGAUCCCAAACCCAACAUGAACGAGUCAUCUCCCCUGUAUGAAGAGGUCAUGGAACAAUCUGGAAACACAGGAAACAUUCCCCAAAGUCAAAACCAAGGUGGUGUUACAAACGCACAAGCGUCUCAGUUCACCGUGAGCCCGAACGUUCGUCAGGAUGGCACGGGCGUGGCACAACCAGCUAUCUUCUGCAACACUCCAUAUCCCAACAUGAUCAAGUUACCCCCGCUGUCACCCCCGCUGUCACCUCCCCUGUCACCUCCCCUGUCACCUCCCCUGUCACCUCCCCUGUCACCUCUCCAAGGCGUGGCACAACCUGCAACCAUGUUUAACGUUCCCCCAGUGGCAAACCAAGGUGGAGUUAUAAAUACACAAGUUCCCCCAGUGGCAAACCAAGGACGUCGGGUGGGGGCAUCUCCACCUUGCCUGAUGACAUGUUCUAUGUGUCGGGUACAGUGCUCAGGAAAUCCCUCAUAUUGGCUGUGUGAUUGCUAUAUUUUUUCAUGCCGAUCCAUGUUGACGUUUGUAAAGAACACAUCUUUUCCACCUUGGGAAGAUCCACUCAACAUCCACAAGCAAGUGUGAACAGCCCCAAACCGGACUCAAGUUAUCGUGAUUCACAUCUACAAACCAGUCAAACCCAUCCCACAAUGGGAUUCUUACUCAUUUAUUUUUUUAACCAUUCAUUUUUAUUUAUGUAUGACCAGUUUUCGCCAGAUAACCUGACUGGGAACAAGUUCUCAUUUACUCAUACGACCUAGGACACCGAUGAGGUUUAUUUGCCUUGCUCAGGUGAGGCACGGCAAAUAUUUCACCUCGCUGUUUUUGGGGAUUUGAUCUAGCAACAUUUUCUAUCACUGGUCAGAUGCUCUAACCAUAUGAAUCCACCCCACCACCCCAUUAGUCAACAGCUCUUCACAGAGGUCUUCAGAUUCAAACAUGUGCAUGCAGCUGCCCUCUGGGGAAAUGAAUAGAAAGUCGCUGCGUCCCCAGCAUAGGAAGAAGCCUUCACUUACAAACGGGCACUACAUCUGGGUUCCCCCGUGUGGCGCAGCGGUGCCAUUGUGAAACAGCGGUUCUAAGUCCGACUCACGGAUUAGCCCUGGGGUCUCGUAGAGGGCGGUGCAAUUUGCCAGCAUUGUCCCGUUUUAUAGGAUUGUUUAUGGCACAUGGUUGCCUUGCCUCGUCGCGCACUAGCAAUUCCUCGAGCGCCCGCAAGCUGAUUUGAGUUUGGGAUUCCGGGCUAGACUUCCGUGUUGAGCGAUUUACUUCUGGGAGUAAUGGGAGAUGCUAGGAGUCCGCUGGGCAGAUGCAGUGCUUUAAAUGGGCGCGAUGGCAGCCAAUCACAGUUUCGUACCCAUGGGAGAGAACGCUAAGCUCCAUCACUGCCGCUGGGAGGUGCUGUAAUGAACCAGGGCCUAAAUCACAAAUUGGGAAUAAAGGCAGGCUAAAGGCAAAAAAUUAAUACAAAAAUGUUUAGUCCCUGAACGUGACCUUGGCUUGCUCUUGUGUAGAUGUCAUAAGAAUCCAUUCAACCAAACGUCAGCUUUGUCUGCUACUCCGCGGUUCCAAUAUUUGGACAAUUAUCAUGCUGAAGGACAAUCAGAGUUGGGUUUAUUUUGCUCAAGGCCCCAUGAUAAUCCCACGUUGCACUGUUUUCAUACAGUACAAGUCACGUGACAUUCGUGUCAUUGCUCUUACUGUUCAUUCAUUGGCCAGACGGGGGUCACAUGUAGAUCGGUUGCGUUCUGUGUCUCGCGUGUCAUCAGAUGCCAGUCCUGUGGCCCCUCCCCCAAGGCGUCUCAUUAUGGUCACGUGAUCAAGCUUAGCCACCCGGCUGCCGUAUUUAUGGUGACGAGCCCCUCCUCGGUCCGCGGUCCAUAACACACUGGGCGAAUGAGUGCCACAUGUGAAUAGACGUUUAAAUCACUUCAAGUCUGGUGACCCGAUCGAUGACACCCAAGUGUGAGUUAGAGGUGUCAUGUCGUGGAAGAAAGGUUUUAUUCCCAACGUCUGCUCCUCAAAAUAGAGAUCUGUUCAAGUGGAGUACGACCCGGUGAAAUGUCAUCAUAGACUAUUCAGUAGAAGAUUUGCUGAAGCUCGAACUUCGGGAAAACGCUACAGAAGCCUCCACCAGUCUAUAGACAUACAAGACUGUGUAAAAAUAGAGAAAAGUCUGAGCCACUGCCACUCUCCCCAGCAAGGGCACGUUGUAUAACAGUCAGGGAGGUGACAAAGGACCCAACAGGUAGCACCUACCUGUAGGCCUCACUGGUACUAUCUAACAUCUGUGUCAAUGCAUCCACAAGGGAGGAAUGGUCUAAAAUACCUCCUGUGGGUGAACUGUCUGAUCAGCGACUACAGGCUAAUGGCUGCCUAAGGAGGUUCCACUAGUUACUAAACAUCAAGCCUCACAUACUUUUCCCAGCCUGUCCUGUUCCUUGUUCACAACACACACUGUGUUAAAUGAAGUGAAGGUUCACACGUUUCUUUGUUAAAUCCCACUGUGUAAAUCAGUUGUUGCGACUCAUUUAAGGAACCAUGCAUGCAAGUAUGCAGGUAAUACAAGUGUUAGAAGUUCUGCUGUAACCCAACUUUGUUAGUGUGAAAAGUAAAACACUGCACAGAUUCUAAACUUAAUAAAAAAGACUUCUGCUUA